GUGUUCACACGCUUUAUUUUUUCCUCUCGGAAAUGUAACUUUUUUGAUUUAUAUAUCGUGUAUUUUCAUAGUUUAAUUUUAAGUUUUUGAGAUAGACGCUUUUCAUUGUCAACAUGGCAGAAGCUUUCAUUACGGCCAUUAAUUCGGCAAGUGAAGAAGCAAAUUCUCCUAAAGCUACUCCGUCUCGCUCUGAUAAUAAAAACGAGAAAUCGUCAGGUAAACAGACCGGAAGUCGUAAAAAGACGACAAGUAAGUCUCGUAAAGCUAGCAGCACGUGUGCUAAAGAAGUAUCAGAGGAACCGGAGACAUUGUCAACAACAGGUUUGUCUGUAAACAUAGAAAAUGAAUUGAGGGCAGAAAUUUCUAGUGUCAAAGAGACCGUUAAUUCGGUGAAUUCUCGAAUGGACAUUUUUCUACCUCUUUUCGAGAAGUUCGUUUCACAAACUGUCACUUCAGGUGGACAAAUAGAAACGGACAGAGAAAUUGCCACUUCAGGUGGGCAGAACAUUUCUCAGGACUCGAGGGACAUUGCCACGUCAGGUGGGCAAAAUUCUCUCAGACAUGCUAGUGUUGCAAAUCAUGAUAAUGACAUUGAUGAUGCAAUUUCCCUUCAACCGGAUAGAGACGAAAGAAGGGGUCUUGAUUUAGAUUUAGAUUCUGAUAAUGAAUCCCAACAUUCUUCUGUGAAAAACAGUACACACAACCGUUUUCAGAGAUAUUCGGUAGUUGAUAAGGACUCUCUUGAUACUGAAAAUGUCAGUAGAGAUAUCCUUGGUGACAUUUUUGGUGAAGAUGCCAAAACUAAACCAGACAAAUCUGAAGCUGGUAUUGUUCUGGAUCAAAGUCAGAUUAAUAUUUUGAAUCAAUCAUGGCACUGUGAUAAUCCUUUAUUAUUGUCAACUUAUAAAGAGGAAUAUAGGGCUAGUUUUCCAGUGAGUGAUAAAUCAGCUGAUAUUCUUAACUUACCAAAACUAGAUGACAUUACUCAAACUUUACUGUGUAAACGACAUGGUCCUAAUGCUGGUAAAGCUCAUAAUAAACUUUUUUCUAAACCUGAGAAAAUUUUUGAAAAUAUGGCUUUCAAAGGUCAGUCAGCAGCUAGAAUGGGUUUGAUUAUUACGGCAUACAUGCAACAAGCCUUAGGUUCAUUAAUGGAAAAACUCAAUGAUUCUGAACCAAAUAUUGAUUUACUUGUACAAAUGGUCAAAGAUAUUUUUGCCAUGUCAGUGAAAUCUAUGGAUCAAACGGCUAGAACAGGUGCAUUUCAUCAUCUGAUCCGUAGGAAAGCCACUUUGUUAGAUACAGGUCUAGAGGACAUAACAGAGCUUAAUGAUAAGUUUUUAUCUCUUAAAUUGUCAAGUGAUGGUGUUCUUGGGAAAGAUUUUGAAGAGAAACUGAAAAAUCGUUCUGAGACAAACAAACAAAUCAAAGAUUUACUACCAGAGUUAACUCGUAAAUCAGCUACCUCAACUUCAAGUUUUAAGAGGAAGAGUGCUAUCAUUCAUACUAGCCAAGACACUAAUGGUCCUAAAGUAGCUAAAAAUGACUUUUCCAAUUUUCGCAUUCCUAAGGUAGCAGCUAAACCUAGUGAAAACAAAGGUGGAUUUAAACCUAAUUUCAGACGCUUUGGUUCUGGUAGAAAAGAGGCUGAUGGUGAAAAGAAAGGUUCUUUUCGUGGCAAUGGUAGAUCUAAAUGACUACAAAAAGCAGGAGAUGCAGUGACUUACAAUCUUUGUGUAUUGGAGAAGAGUCGAUUGUUGUGCAGAAGAAAGGGGUAACUUUUGUUCGUCAUGGACUAUCAAAACAGGAUAGACCAAAACAUUUUGGCAGCAAGAUUUUUAUUCCGUCUUAUCAAUCAGAUAAAUUAUUAGAUCCGAAGCGGUCUAUUUAUUAUUAUUUGAAGAAAACUGCACCUUUUAGAAACUCUGACAGUGAGUUUGAGAUCAAGUUGUUUUUAUCUUUUAUUGAACCGCAUAAACCGGUUACAUCACAGACUAUUUCGUCUUGGAUUGUUAAUGCAAUUAAAUGUGCUUACAAUGAAAAAGACAAAAAAUUUCGUGCUCAUUCUACAAGAGCCUUGGGCCCAUCUUGGGCACUUUUUAACGGCGCAUCUGUGAAGUCUAUUAUGGACACAGCAGACUGGACAAAGGAAUCAACCUUUACUCGUUUUUAUUUACGUCACAUAGAUGUUGAAGUUUUAAAUUCUGUGUAAAUAAGAAUUUUGUAUAUAUAUGGAAGAAAAUUCUGAAAAAAGAAAAAAAAAAAAAAAAAGGAGAAAAAUUUAUAGAAAAUGGAAGAAAAAAUUUUAACUGUAUAGUGUUGUGUUAUUUAUAUCUGAACUGAUGUGAAGAAAAUACAGUAUACAAAGUACAGAAAGAUUCUUCAGCUGUGGAUAGCUUAGAAAUCUCCUAAUGUAAUUUCCAAUUACGUAAGUAUUAUGAAUUAAUAUAAAAUUGGGAAAUUUGUUCUCAAAUUUUAAUUUUAUGAUAGAAUAAUACUUACGUAAUUGGCUCCCACCCACCUCCCCUUUUGAAUCUUUUUUGGUGAACACUUUUCGCCGAGAGAGACUGGGGAAUCACGCAUGCGUGGUGGGAGUCGAUAUACCUGAGCGCUUUAUUGAUAUUUUAAAGCGCGAUCGGCGGUGUGAAUACUAAUUAGGGGGAGAUAAUCCUAAUGUAAUUUCCAAUUACGUAAGUAUUAUUCUAUCAUAAAAUUAAAAUUUGAGAACAAAUUUCCCAAUU